AUGGACCAAUCGAAUAGUAAGGUAGCAUACGUGAGGAUAGACAACCUACCUCCGGGCAAAACAUGGCGCCAAGUCAAGUACAUGGUGGGCGGGUUGAUACAUCACACGUCGAUCCUACAGGUCAAAAUGCUUCCUCCUGUGCAAUCGAUAGUUCCACCCUUCAUGCCAUUCCAAAGCUGCAUCGUUUCUUUGAAACGCUCAGACGGGCAACUGAACCGUCUUCUCAUCGACCUAAACGGAUAUACGUGGGAGUACUACCGGCUUAUGGCGUAUGCUGUUCCUCCUUUGCAUGCACCUAACAACUCUGCUUUUUUAGCAGCCGGACCUACCACGGGUUUGGAUCAACUCAAUCCUCCUGCAUCUGUACAAAGCUCCACUGCAACUCCUGUACCACCGCCUUCGGCUCAACUGAUGAUGCCUUUCGCACCCAUGCCUCCGAUGUACUAUCCAGCAACUCGAUCACAGCCUUUUCCUAGAGAUACUUACCUUCGACAGCAAAAUAACCAAUUUGGAAGGAAAAUGCGACAAGUAUUCAGUGAAGAAAGUUUUCGCCGGCAAAUGAGUGCUAGAGGUAUGCAUCAGUUAUCAUUGGGCGGAUUUCCGCCUUGCUUGCAUUGGGACGUGAAUGGAAAUUAUGGACUAACUCCCCAGGAGCCAUUGUCUUCCACAGGAAACCCAAAGAUACACAUCAAGACCGCUCAUCCUGAAUAUUUUGGGAAGCUGAAAUGGACGGUCUUGAAAGAUUUCAUAAAGCUAAAGUGUCAGAGGUUGUUGGAAAUGGAAACAUCUGGAGCUGCAACCAAUACCAGGGAGUUUUAUGUGGGCGUAUAUGAGGAUGCAGAGACAGCAGUAGAUGUUGAGGUUUUGGAUUCAACUUCUGAUUCGGCUUCAACUCAUUCUACAGAUCUCAAAGAACACGAUGUGGUCAACGACGUGGUCGACAACGAGGUCGACAACGAACGUAUUGAACAAACCGGAAGCAGUUUGGAAGAAAUAGACAAAACCGCUGAAAAUCUAGAGGCGUUGUCGUUAGACUCUGAUCAUCGCGUUGUUUCUGCUACUAUUUACAAAGCCAUCGUCGGUUUCCAUUCACGAGAGCUGUGUGAUCUGUGUAGAGAUAGUCUCCAGGAUCAGGAAUAUUCACUGGGCUAUAAAUUGACGGUAAACGAGCUUCCUCUAUUGGAAUGGUGA